ACCUUCAAACCACAGAGAACACAAACAAACAAAUUGAGAAUUUCUUUGGAAGGGAACCCCUUCCCUUCUCUUUCGCCCAUUCCGAGCAAUUUCCCGGCGGUUCCUUCUCCUCCGGGGGUUCUGGCCGACUAUUCUUGCAGAGGUUUAGGGAUUUGUAGUUGAUGGUUAUGGCAGUAAGAGCUUCCAUGGGAGGGAUUAGCAUGGCUUCCUCGACCGGCCCCCCCUCAGCUCCCACGUGCAAUAGAGGGGCCAUUUCUGUGCAAUCACUGCCUUUCAGACAAGCUUUCUUUGGCAAUGGAGUGGGUGCCCCAAAAUAUGCUGGAUUACAACUUUCUUUUUCUAUUCGAUCAAGAUGUAUUGGUUGCAGAAGGAAUGCUCUUGGUGCUCAAAUGAAUCUGUUUGAUAGGUUUGCCAGGGUUGUCAAGUCAUAUGCGAACGCGAUCAUAAGCACGUUUGAGGACCCAGAGAAAAUAUUGGAGCAAACUGUUCUCGAAAUGAAUGAUGAUCUGAUCAAGAUGCGUCAAGCCACGGCACAAGUAUUGGCUUCGCAGAAGCAGUUAGAAAACAAAUACAAAGCUUCACAACAGGCUUCUGAAGAUUGGUAUCGCAGAGCACAGCUCGCUCUUGGGAAGGGUGAUGAGGACCUUGCUCGUGAGGCUCUCAAGCGCAGGAAAUCUUAUGCUGACAAUGCAAAUGCUUUGAAGGCUCAGCUCGAGCAGCAAAAAAGUGUUGUUGAUAAUCUUGUAUCCAACACACGGUUGUUGGAAAGCAAAAUACAAGAAGCCAGAUCUAAGAAAGAUACUCUUAAAGCACGAGCACAAUCUGCAAAGACUGCCACAAAAGUGAGUGAGAUGUUGGGGAAUGUAAAUACUAGCAGUGCUCUCUCGGCUUUUGAGAAGAUGGAAGAAAAAGUUUUGGCAAUGGAAUCUCAAGCAGAUGCUCUUAAUCAGCUAAGCAGUGACGAGCUAGAAGGAAAGUUUGCUUUAUUGGAGAGUUCUUCAGUCGACGAUGACCUUGCCAGCCUCAAGAAGGAGCUAUCUGGAAGCUCCAAGAAAGGAGAGCUUCCGGAAGGGAGAUCAGCAGUAUCAACCAGUUCCUCGAUGAAGUUUCAAGAUCCGGACAUCGAGCAGGAACUCAACUUGUUAAGACAGAAGGCCAAGGAGUAUUAAUACUCGCCCCUUCUUACUUUAGCAGUGAUUGAUAUAUCGCACUUGGAUUGGAUAAUGUAUUCUUCUGAUGUUUUAUAUUUUUGUCCGAAAAGGUUUCCCUUCCCGCGCUUCAUAAACAGGUAAGAAUUCUCUAUCCCGGUAUUGAUCAUCUGUUAGUUCUGUACAUCAGCUUUUAUAUCUUCAGUUAAAUAAAGCUUUUAGGCCUUCGGUGUCUUGUUAAA